AUGGAGCGGAGCGGCAGCACCGGGAGCGGCUCCGGCAUCACCGGGAUCACCGGGAUCAUCGGGAUCAUUGGGAAUACCGGGAGCGGGCGGGCAGCGCCGCCUGGCGGCCCGCGGGGGGCACUGCUGCCCGCGCUCUGCCUGCUCCUGGCGCUGCUCCCGCUGCCCCCGGCCCGGGCACUGCCCACCCCACCCGGGGCACUGCACACCCCACCCCCGGCGCUGAACCGCUCCAGGGAGCUGCUGGAGGCCGCCGACGCCUCCCUCCAAAGGCUGAAGUUUACCCAGGAACUUGGCGACCUGGGAUUUGAAUGUACCCUUGAAGAGGUUGAUCUUGAAGAUAUCACUAAGAACCAAAUAAACACAACAAAAGCUUGCACAUCUGAAGAUCCAGGGACUGGGAACUGUCCAGCACUGGAAAGAUCAACUUUUGAUAAGAGAAAAUGCCUGCAGGGCAUCUAUGAGGAUCUGAGUGCCUACAGGGCAGAGCUCAACAACUUCCAAGAUCACAAAGUGCUGGCAAGUCUCGAGGAGAUGAUGAAAGUGAGUAUUUUCUGCCUCCUCCCCCUCCUCAGAGACCUCAAAACCAGAGUAAAUACAGAACCCUGUGGAGGUUUUGGGAUGGGUGGGAUGGUUGUAAAACCCCUUUCCCUGUUCCAGGCCCUGGACAGCAGCCGGAACGUUCCGGAGCCGCUGGCGGGAGCGGGACCGGCGUCAUUCCAGGAGAGGCUGCGGCUGUGCUGGGUGCUCCAGGCCCUCCGGAUCCGCUCCCUCACCAUCUCCAGGAUGAUGAACUUCCUGAGCUCCCCGGAGAGCUCCCUGUGAGCACCCUCAGCAAAUCCACCCAAGGAUUCCUCGGAGAGAAAAAAAAACAGUGGGAUCAACCCCCUGCCACGUGCUGGGGGGGGUUUAAAAGGAAUUUUUAAUAGUCACAGUUUCCAUAAAUGAUUUUUUUUAGGGAGCUGUGCCAGUGCCUUUGGAACUGUGAUGUUAAACUUCUACAUUUCUAGGAAAUAAGCUAGAUUUUAGCACCGACUGUAAUUUAUCAUAUUUUAUUUAUUCAGCUUAUUUUUCCCCAGU